AUGAUUCAGGAGGGCCAUGAUCCUGAUGUUUUCACCUACAAUACUGUUAUUAAUUGCCUCAGCAAAAAUGGAGAGCUUGAUGAGGCUAAAGGAAUUGUAAAUGAGAUGGUGGACAGGGGCUGCUUGCCUGACACUGCCACAUUCAACACUCUCAUUGUUGCUCUAUGCUCACAGAAUCGACUUGAGGAAGCAUUGGACCUUGCACGUGAGCUAACUGUGAAGGGACUUUCUCCAGAUGUUUAUACUUUCAAUAUUCUGAUCAAUGCCCUUUGCAAGGUAGGAGAUCCUCAGCUUGGUAUGCGACUGUUCGAGGAGAUGAAGAGCAGUGGAUGCACCCCUGACGAAGUUACAUACAACAUAUUGAUUGAUCAUCUUUGCUCACUGGGGAAGCUUGGAAAUGCUUUGGAUUUGUUGAAGGAGAUGGAAUCCAGUGGUUGCCCUCGGAGUUCAGUGACACAUAACACAAUAAUUGAUGGAUUAUGCAAGAAAAUGAGAAUAGAAGAAGCUGAAGAGGUUUUUUAUCAAAUGGAUCUGCAGGGUAUUUCAAGGAAUGCUGUCACAUUUAAUACGCUUAUUGAUGGCUUGUGCAAGGCCAAAAGGAUUGAUGAUGCAACGGAACUUAUUGAACAGAUGGUAAAGGAAGGAUUGCAACCUGAUAAUAUCACUUAUAAUUCUAUUCUAACACAUUAUUGCAAGCAAGGGAACAUCAAGAAAGCAGCUGAUAUUUUAGAAACUAUGACAGCAAAUGGAUUUGAAGUUGAUGUUGUCACAUACGGAACACUCAUUAAUGGUCUAUGCAAGGCUGGUAGGACUCAGGUUGCUUUGAAGCUUUUAAGAGGCAUGAGAAUUAAAGGGAUGAGGCCUACUCCAAAAGCUUACAACCCUGUGAUACAGUCUUUGUUUAAACAGAAUAAUUUAAGGGACGCCCUUAAUCUUUUCAGGGAGAUGACUGAAGUGGCUGAGCCUCCUGAUGCCCUCACAUAUAGGAUUGUAUUCCGUUGUCUGUGUCGUGGUGGAGGUCCUAUCAAAGAAGCUUUUGAUUUCUUAGUGGAGAUGGUGAAUAAGGGUUUCAUGCCUGAGUUUUCAUCCUUCCGAAUGCUAGCUGAAGGUCUAUUAAAUCUGGGCAUGGACGAUUAUCUAAUUAGUGCUAUUGAACUAGUUAUAGAAAAGGCGGACUUUAGAGAGUCUGAUGUUUCUGCAAUAAGGGGGUAUCUCAAGAUCCGCAAAUAUUAUGAUGCAUUAGCAACUUUUGGCCGUCUCCUAGAGAUCAACAACCCUCAAUGGGCUUACCGAUGA